UCUCGCUAGAAUGGAUACCUGGUCCCGGUACUGCUGGAUCGGCAGCGGCGAUCGUCGGGAUUCGGGAGUUUAGUUUGCGCAGCGGUGAUCACGUUUCUAACGCGAGCGCGCGAUUCCGUCUACUGAUUUUUCUGGGAUUCGGGUUUCGAUUCUGAUAGUGGUAAGAAAAUUCGGAAUCAUUAUGUGAUUGGAAGUGGGUGAUCCUGCGAGAAGAAUUUCAAGAUAAUCAAGUGCCAUGAUCGUGCCGCAUAAUUGUUCGAAUUUAUCUUUUAGUGAUGUUUGUGCAUUUUGUUUAUAGAGAUAUAAGUUAUCAAAAAUUACGAAGCAACACAGCACAAGUGAUUCCGCGAAUAAAUGCACUCUAGAAGAAAUGGAUGUCUAUCAGCUUGACUCCCCAACCGAUGGGCUCAGCUCAAGUCUAGUGAAACUGGACGAAGAUCUCGCAGAUAUGAGUUUCGAUGCCGGUUCGGAGUUUAAUUUACACUUUUUCGAUACCCCCGAGGAUUCCAACACGCAAAGUGGAUUGAGCGAUCACGAAGAGUCGGUAGAAUCGAGCUCGCGGGAAACUCCCCCGAGUCCAGGGCGGAAAUCAGUGGGCCUGCGGGGGCCACUACCUCCGCCCCCACCACCAUUGGCGAUCGCAGUCGGACAGGAUCCCAUCUCCAGUACCAUCGUUGUGACUAGCACUUCGACGCCGAUGACGCUGGUGAACCCGGCGACUUGCUUGGUGAUCAGUUCGUCGGAAAUGGCAAAAGUUUCUUCUAGCAGCUUUGAUCGGGUGGAUGGAUCGCAACGAGGCGGAGGAGGUUCGAGAUUAGAGCAGCAAUGCGUCGGUGCGGAUGCCAGCUCGACGACCUCCUCGAAGACGUUCGUGGCCUGCAAGGUGUGCGGCGAUAAGGCCUCCGGCUAUCAUUACGGGGUGACAUCGUGCGAGGGCUGCAAAGGAUUCUUCCGACGCAGCAUCCAGAAGCAGAUCGAGUACCGCUGCCUGCGCGAUGGCAAGUGUCUGGUGAUACGGCUGAACCGAAACCGCUGCCAGUACUGUCGGUUCAAAAAAUGUCUCGCCGUCGGAAUGAGCAGGGACUCUGUUCGCUAUGGACGCGUCCCGAAGAAAUCUCGCGAAGCCGGAAACUGCACGGAAGACAUGAAUGUUUGUGUUAACUCGACUACACCGACCCAGGUGUCCCAGUUGAGCAGCUGCGGCGGUACGCCCACGCCGACAGUAACAGUGAUCAGUGCCAGCAAUAAUCUUAAUAAUAAUAAUAAUAAUAACGAUAAUAUAAUUAACAACAACAACAAUAAUAGCAUCAACAAUAAUAAUAGCAACAACAACAAUUCCGGUUUAGGAACCGGAAUUGGAGCCAUGACAAACUGUGCGGAAAUUAGCACAUCGACCGCAGUCGUAACGACCAUCCUGCCGGACUCGAUGACCUUUAGCCCGCCGGAGCUGUCCAUCUACGAUAUCAUUCAAUGCGUCGCACAAGCACAUCGAGGCCAUUCCACUUACACCGCCGAGCUGGUCAAGGAGCAGAACCGGAUAUCGCUGAUCAACUACAGCGAGAAGAACAAUCUCAUCAUGCAAUCACUGGACACGAUCGAGGACCAGCGGAUAUGGCUGUGGCAGCAGUACGCCAUGCGGGUGACCCCAUCGGUGCAGCGGAUUGUCGAGUUCGCGAAGAGGGUUCCCGGCUUCGGUGAGUUCCUCCAGGAUGACCAGCUGAUCCUGAUCAAGAUGGGCUUCUUCGAGGUGUGGCUCAGUCACGUGGCUCGGGCCACCAAUGAGUCCACGCUGACUUUCGAUGACGGGGUGUACAUCACCCGGCAGCAAUUGGAAGUGAUAUAUGAUGUGGAUUACGCCAAUGCAUUGUUCAAUUUUACCAGCGGCUUGAACAAUUGCUGUUUGAGUGAUACCGAGAUUGGUCUGUACUCGGCGUUGAUACUGAUGACCGAUCGAUCGGGAUUGACGGAGACCAAGAUAGUGCUGAAGACGAGGGAGUGCAUUGCGGAGGCGCUGAGGGUGCAGAUCACGCGGACCAGGUCCAAUGGGGUAAGCGCCCUGCAGAUAAUGCCGGCACUAGAGGCUAAAAUUCACGAGCUGCGAACGCUCGGGGAGAAACAUUUCGCACAUCUGGAGUGGUUCCGACAAAAUUGGAGCUCCAUCCGGUUGCCGCCGCUGUUUGCGGAAAUUUUCGACAUUCCUAAAUGCGAGGAGGAUUUGCAGUGAGUUAUCUGAGGGAUAGGGAUGGAAAAGAGCGAGGAACAUCCUCUAAACAUUGGCCAAUAGUUUUUUAAGUAACUGAUGUAUCAAUUUAGGAUCGCACCUAUUAUCGAACGAAAGCAAGACUUGCCAAAUCUAUAUCAAUGUGAAUGUUGACGUGUAGCGAAUUUAGACGAUGAAUGUUAUUCGGAACGGAAUUUAUUUUUGUUAGCUUCCAUUAUGGAAUCAUACCACAAUCUCGAGGGUUGUUCCAGAUAAUGUUCUAUCGAGUAUCAUUCUGUGGAUAGUCACUAACUAAACUAGACUCAUCGUCAUUUACAAGCGUUAGGAAGUAAGCAAGAACCGAUAAUAAGAAACCGAUAUCAUAAACUCUCCACCCGACAUAUCACUGAUAUCAAUGUGAAUUUGCAACCAGUAGAAUUUAACUGCAGUAAGUGAUUCUUUCCAUGAUAAGCAGAAUAUUGUGGAUCUCAAGCGAACAGAUUGCUUCCUACCACUUUGAGGCAUACACAAACCAGGGCAUUUCUACUGUAAAAUAUCGGUGUCAUAAAAUACCGGUAGGAUUCCUGAAGGAAUACGCCAAAAAGAGGCAAUCAAAUUAGCUUAAAAUUCAUGUAUUCCUAAAGUACGGUUCAAUCGUACAAAAGGCACCCUUACGAUGGGAAUCCACAACUGUCUCUAAAAUAUAAAUCACAUAAGCUAUACACUGCCGGAAAUAAGUAUAAAGACAUGCAAUAAUUUAGCAAAAUAUAAUUUUCUAAUCAAUAUUCGUUCAAAACCUUGUACACAGUAGAUUGUUAAUGCAGUGUCAUUGACGAUAAAUAUUUUGUUUCUUGAGUUGUUUACACAUAAAAACCUAUAUUUGCAUUUUU